AUGGUUUACAAUUACAAUUUUGCUACUCCUGGUCCCGUGGAUAUUCUCUUAGGUGCAGAUGYAUAUCCUYUWCUGAUUGUAGAUGGUAUGGGAGUGCGCAAAGGUCUCGAUGGACGUCUGCUCGCACAACAGUCUAUUUUUGGAUGGAUUAUCACUGGGUCGACUAUCGUAAAGGCAAAGUUUUCUGAUGAUGACAAGGUUUCAGAUGAAAGCAGUCUGUCGCAUUUCGUGGAAUUGGAUGAUUUACUGAGAAAAUUCUGGGAGAUUGAAGGCACUCCGCUCGUAAAGCCGUGGUCGAUUGAGGAGAAAUUAGCUGAAACUCACUUCAUGGAAACAACUUCUCGAAAUGAAAAUGGUCAAUACAYUGUUGCUUUGCCAUUCAAGGAUAACGUUGUUCUGGGAGAAAGUCGUUCUCAGGCUCUUCAACGUCUGCAUCAAAUGGAAAGACGCUUGAGUCGUGACUCUAAACUCAAGGAAGAUUAUUCUGCAGUUAUGCGCGAGUAUCUGGAGUUAGGUCACGCUGAGAAGGUGCCCGAAGAGGAAUUGAAAUCUAAUAACGCUUACUACAUGCCUCAUCAUGGUGUUGUGAAAGAGUCCAGCUCGACUACCAAAUUAAGAGUUGUUUUUGACGCRUCUGCCAAGACGUCUACAGGACAUUCUUUAAACGACUGUUUGAUGGUUGGACCGAAAGUUCAGCAAGAUUUAGUGUAUAUUCUGAUGCGUUUUCGUCUACAUCCUGUCUGUUUUUCUGCAGAUAUUGCCAAGAUGUACAGGCAAGUCAUUCUACGCCCUAACGACCGUGAUUUUCAUCGCUUUCUUUGGAGGGAUGACCCGACGCAAGAGGUAAAGGAGUACAGAAUGACAACUGUGACAUUUGGUGUGGCGUCAUCUGCAUAUCAUGCCCAACGAUGUUGUGACGGAUUGGGAAGUCAACACGAUAUUGAAACAUGA